ACGCGACAGGGGGCGGGGGCGAAACGCUGGAGCGAACCUUGCCGCUGACUACGAAUCCUCACAAGUGCGAGAGUCGCGCGCGCUCCCCCCCCCCCCGCCACAGGGAGUACGCGCGCCCGCGACUGAGGAGCGAGAUGGAAUGUGGCGCGAGGCGUUGGAGUCUCCCCUUGAUGUUGUCUUCACUCUCGCCUCUCCGUGCACAGUUCGAAGUUCUCUUCUUUCGCCCUCUGUGCUAAAAUAUAUACUUAUAUAUAUUCCCGAGCAGAAUAUUUACGUCUCUUCCUUGAGCGUUGCAAAUCGUGUUGGAAGUAGGUGAGAUGAAUGGCGUCUUAUGAAUCUUUAAAGAAACAGUUGUGUUCUCAUUGGAGAAGAGGCAAAAUGUUACAUCAUUAAACAGUAUUGUAGCAGCAUGUACGCUAUCUGAUUUCCCUGAAGCUGCACCUGUGGGUUGGAGAACCUUAACAGACAUGAGAUAGCCCCUAGCAAGGCAAAUAGUGACACUCUGGAGGAACUGAUGAUGUCUUUAAUUGAUGUACAAAGAGAAGUUGUGCAGCAUUUUGCAUCAGCACUGGAUAUUUGACUCUUCAAAAAAAGAUAAUUUUCCAGCAGUUAGAAUAAUCUUCUAAUCUACCUUCAAUAUUAGAGUGGUAUGCAAUGCUAAGCAUGUAUACUCACAAGCAAAACUAAUUGUAUUCUGUGGAACUUACUCAGUCCCAGACUGAAAAUCAUGCCUUUGGUCAAAAGGAACAUUGAACCUCGGCACCUUUGCCGAGGAGCUCUCCCAGAUGGAAUUACUAGUGAAUUAGAAUGUGUAACCAAUAGCACUCUUGCUGCUAUUAUACGGCAACUAAGCAGCCUAAGCAAGCAUGCUGAAGACAUAUUUGGUGAGCUGUUUAAUGAGGCCAACAACUUCUAUAUUAGAGCAAACUCCCUUCAAGACAGAAUUGAUCGCCUUGCUGUUAAAGUAACCCAGCUGGAUUCAACUGUUGAAGAAGUUUCAUUACAGGAUAUCAACAUGAAGAAAGCUUUCAAAAGUUCUACAAUACAGGACCAGCAAGUGGUUUCAAAGAACAGUAUUCCCAACCCUGUGGCUGAUAUUUAUAAUCUGAGUGACAAACCACCACCUCUGAAUAUUCUGACAGCAUAUAGAGAUGAUAACAAAGAUGGAUUAAAAUUCUAUACUGAUCCUUCUUAUUUCUUUGACCUCUGGAAAGAAAAAAUGUUACAAGACACAGAAGACAAACGGAAAGAGAAAAGGCGACAAAAGGAACAAAAACGUAUAGACGGCACUGCCCGUGAGGUGAAAAAAGUUAGAAAAGCAAGGAACAGGCGCCAAGAGUGGAAUAUGAUGGCCUAUGACAAAGAGCUUAGACCAGACAACAGGUUGUCUCAAAAUGUGUACCAUGGAGCAUCAUCCGAGGGAUCUCUGUCCCCUGAUACUAGAUCCCACGCCUCAGAUGUUACCAGCUACUCGUAUCCUGCUACUCCAAAUCAUUCCCUCUAUCAGCAGCCAAUGAUGCCUUCGUAUGGAGCAGGAGAUGGGUCUCAAUAUAUGCUUGCAAACCAGGGCCUUGAACAUGAAUAUAGGCCACCUUCCACCACAAUGCGACAUGCUACUUUAAACAGACCUCAGCAACCACCUCCACCCCCACCUCAGGCCCUAGAUGGACAACAUGGCACUGUGCCACUUGCACCAGCAGAUUAUGGGAUGCUUGCAGCUCAGAUGGUGGAUUAUUACAAUCCUUCAGGACCCCUGCCGCCUCCCCCUCCACCCAUGAUUCCUUCUGCACAGACUGCUUUUGUUAGUCCUCUCCAAAUCCCUGUGCUACCUUCCCAUCCUGGACUUGUGACUGGAUCUGUGUAUUCUGCUGCUCUUCAUCCUCCUUCUACUGGGCUUGUUGUUACAGCUCCCCCUCCUCCAGGCCCGCCUCCUCCCCCUCCAGGCCCUCCUGCUGCAGGAUCCUCUGUCUCGUCCUCUCCGAUGCAUGCUCCUGCAGUGGCUGAGGCAAAGCGACUUGAGUCCUCCCAGUCCCCAGUAAGCGAUGCUCGAAGUGAUCUACUUGCUGCUAUUCGGAUGGGAAUCCAGCUGAAAAAAGUGCAAGAACAGCGUGAACAGGAAGCUAAGCGUGAGCCAGUUGGAAAUGAUGUGGCCACGAUUCUUUCCCGGCGCAUUGCUGUGGAGUACAGUGAUUCAGAUGAUGAUUCAGAAUGUGAUGAAAAUGACUGGUCAGACUGAGACUGGAGAACCAAAGUAUUUGGUGGAUUUUGCUAGGAACUGUCCAGGUGGACAUGGAUGUAUGUUGGAAUAAGUAACCUAAAUUACUAUAGUCUAGUACUUUUCACUGAAAUAUUGUUUAUGAAGAGCCCCAAAUCUGCUUUGUUUUUUAUAUCGACUUCAUAAUACUCAAGUGCCACUGAAUGUAGAAAUCAUGUUGUGUCCAAAGGGAAAACAGCAUUUUUUCUUGAAUUUAUAUACUGCUUAGUUUGCUUUAAUGUUUUCAUUAUCCUUUGGUACUUUUGAAACUGGUAAAGUUGUUUAGAUCUUGCUGGAGGUUAGUUGUACCGCUUGGCAGGCCAAUAUACUCAGGUUGCAUAGUGUCAUUAUUUUGUAUUUUCAGUUUAAGUUUGCUAACUUCCUUAAAAUGACAGCAAUUAAAUGUUUCUUUGGCUUUUCUAAAGUCCUAUUUUGACUUGUAUGUUCAUGAAUAUUUACCAUCUUAACUACACUUUAAAAUAUUCAGGCGUUUGGAGGAAUUGAGUUAGAAAUUCAGAUUGUAGUCAGUGGCGUCUGUAAAGGACUUCAGUAAUGUUAGUUUAACUAUUGGAAUUCUGAUCUGAUCUGUCAGCUAUCUUUAUUUGUUCAGAAUAUUUUGAUUUAUUAAUACAAAGCAUCUAAAUUACUUCAGGCACACUGAAUGGAUGUUAAAACUGAACUCAUUUUUCUUAGGAGUAACUGAAAUGGAUGUGUGUGGAUAGUUUCCUUAUCCCUAUUCAGUAGAAAACAGGAACACUUUUUUAGGUGCUACAACCAAAUGCAUCCUCUAAAUUUUAGUGCUAUAGGAUUCAAAUCAUAACUAAUAUAGGUACUUCUCAUGUACAUUUAUAAUAUUGGGUGUGUAAUAUAUAAGUAAACAUAUAAUUCCAUUUUCAGCUUAAAGGUGCAUUUGUAUCAUUUAUAUUCGAAUGUGCCCCUUUUAAGAAGUGUCUUACAACCCUCAUUUUGUGUAAGUUUAUACAUCAAGAAUUUUUAUAUAGUUUUCUUUCCAUUGUUCACUCACUACUUGCAAUUGAGUAUAAUAUUGAUUUCUCCCCUGUCUCUUGGCUACAGUACUGGAGGCUGUAAUCUGGUUAUGUUGCAUAGGAUAGGAAGAUUGGGGAAAAAUCCAUUGAAAGCUACUGGUAUACAAUACUCAUGUUAUACAGAGUCAUGUAUAUACUGAAUUAGAUUUGUACAUGGGGUGAUAAAUUACUUUUAAAACUA